AUGACAAUACCUGGUCCCUCUGACACUUCUCCGACGCGGCUAGCUCUGUCUCCAAGUCCACUCAAAGAAGAUGGCGGUCCCUCCAAACAGACACAACACGCACAACCACCACCACAGCAGCUGGUCGACAUUUCCAAGCUCACCAGCCGAUCUGCGAUAGUUCAUGCACUUUCGGACCUUUCUGCAUACUUGAGCUCCCUCGAUGAUGAGCUCGUCUCGCUCUUCGAAGAGUCCGAACCCGUUGUCACCGAUGCGAGACGUUCCAUCUCUGGUCUGGCUCCCCAAGUGCAGCUGAUCCAGGAAGAAGCCGGUGUGCUCGACCGUCGACUACAGAGCUCAGCAUCUGUCGCAAAACGCAUCUCCGAACGAGUUCGGCUACUCGAUGAAGAACGUAAACGAAUCGCUCUCGCUACAGAAUGGGCAGUGCGAACGGCCGAGCUCAAAUCGUCUCUCUCCCUCCUCGCUGCUGCCGUCGAGCACCGUGACUGGGACAUGGCAACCGCGCAUUGCAGUCGAGCACUUGCCAUUGAUCCCGCUAUCCGCUCCUCUCAAUUUGCUGCAGCUGUCGUCCCGAGCACCGACCUUCCAGAGCCACCAGAGACGACACUGCUCGAACUUCGCAAGACCAUGCUCAAAGCCUUCACGGAUGCAUUUAUCAAGUCGACGCAGAACAAGGACGAAAAGGAAGCUUCGCGAUUCUUCAAGCUCUUCCCUCAAGUCGGAUGGAAGAAGGAAGGUCUGGAGGUAUAUAGUUCCUUUGCUCGCUCGAUGGUGCGUGAGAAGGGGCGAGCCAUCUCGGACUCGCUUGCGUCGGGCAAGGCACAGCAUCCUAUUCACUUUGCUCUGCUACUUACUUCUCUGUUCGAACACCUUGCUAUGCUCAUCGAUAUGCAUCAGCCUGUGGUGGACAGACAUUAUGGUGUCGGUCAUUUUGGGCAUGGUGUCAUGCCAGGGCUGCAGGAGGAAUGCGAUAGAUUAGGUCACCGCAUAAUGGAUUCGUGGCGUGAAGAUCGCAAUGUUCGUAGAAGAUUAGAUGAAGUACAGUCGUAUCGAUUUACAGGAGCAGUGGUGGCAAACAAGACACAGCAACCGACUUUCAAGGCGUCAUUUGGUGUUCCUGGCAGAACAGCAAGUCCAGCAGCAGGUUCGACGGCAAAUAGCUCUUUCGAUGAGCCUUCUGGUCCGGACGGGCGUGAGAUCGACCGUAUACUCACGGAGCUAGCUGGCAUGUCUUCCCGAUGGGGACUGUAUCGACGUUUCUUGCAAAGUCGACUUGCUCCAGAGCAGGACGACGGCGAUGCAGCCAAGGGCAAUCGGCAAAGAACUCUAGAGGACGAAAGGGCAACACAAGCCGACGAGCCACUCAAAGACUUUCGUCGCACAUCGAUCGAUCGUCGCAUCUCCAUCGCCUCGAGCGUCAAUGGCCCCUUCCCCAACGACGGCAUGGCUGAUGAGCAUGCGCUUCCAUUCGAGCCAGUCGACCUUGCCGCUGAAUCCAAGUUGGGCCAAGAAGUCCUCGAUACGAUGAAAACCAUCUACAUCCCCAUGGAAACCUGGUAUCUGCGCAACAGUCUCGGAAAAGCCUUCCGCAUCGAUCAACCAGACACCACCUCUCGCCCUUACACAUCAUCCAUCCUCGACGACGCAUUCUACGUCAUACGUACCGUCCUUGCUCGCAUCCUCUCCACCUCAUCCCUCACCACACUCAACGAGAUGGUUCGGAUCGUCAAAACCUCUCUCGAGGAAGAAUACAUCGAAGUCAUCGUGCGCAAGAUGGAAACUCUCUGGCGAAGCAUCUCGGGCUCAAUGAUAAUAGAUGGCCCACGGAAAGAUGCAGCGAGUAGAGAGAUGCGCACUGUGUUCAUCACGUAUCUCAAUGUUCUGGAUGUUAGCUCAAACUACAUGUCUCGUGUCCUGGCCGAGGUUGGGCACGAACAGGCACUGACGAGACUCUUCGAGCCGACAGAGCUAGAUGAAGCAUUUGCCGCCAUCAAUUCGCUCUCCCAACUCGUGAACCGUUUCAAGUCUUCGCUGCGGACCGAGAUCGAGCACUUGUUCACUCAGCUCACUUCUCCUCGUCUCCGAGGUGUCCUAGUUGAAACCUACCGCGAUGUUUCGUACGUGUUGGACGACGAAUCCUACUCAGACGCCGAAUCGCGCGGCCUUGUCCGACGGCGCUUCGUCAAGUCCUGGGAUCUCCUAUUCCAUCACUUCCGAGGCCAAUUCACCGAUGCCAACUUCAACACCUACGUCCAAAUGGCUCUUGAUGCCCUACUCAAGCCAUGGGAGGCGAUGGUGAUGGGUAUGAGGUUUACAGAACUCGGAGCGUUGAAGUUCGAUAAAGAUCUAAGAGCAGUGAUCGGCUUCUUGACUGCACAAACUAGUCUGCCGAUCAGGGACAAAUUCACGAGAUUGCAACAGAUCAGUUAUGUGUUGAACCUGGAUCGUGGGGAAGACGAAGGUGAUUUGUACCAGAAUGCCGUUUCGUCGGGCAUUUCGUGGCGGUUGUCGAUGGCUGAGGUGAAAAGUGUAAGGUCUUUGAGGUUGUUUUGA